CCCACCGCCAAAACUUAUCAGGCUAGCAAAUUAUCAAAUUCAUCGCACUUCUAUGAAUUUCUUCGCCAAUUCGGGGUUUUGAUUUUCAAUUUCGUCACGGAUGGAACGAUAUAGGAUAUCAGACGAUAAAGAUGGCGAAGUGGAAUUCGAUUCCAGAUCAACGGCAGAAUCAUCAUCAUCGCCGUCGAGAUCACUGCCGAUUUCGACCUCGCCGUCCGAUUCCACCGGCUCUGGUUCUUCCGACGACGAAACGGAGGCUGACUCCUUCUCCGCCGCAACGUCUCCUUCACCACCGCCUGCAGUCGAUCUGCGCUUCCUCGAAUCUGUUGCCUUCUCCGACGACGCGGCGGAGCUCUUCCUUCUCCACCGAGUGGCCGAGUAGCUCCACCAUCGCCCACUCGAUUGUGCUGCUCGUCAUCUCCAAACCGGCGAGGAACACUUCCUGCGUGAGAGUGUGACGGUUAAUGGAAAUGAGUGCAGGCCUUUAAUUGGUGGAGAGGUCACUGAAUCUCUUUCAGUUAUAACUUGCAAUGUCUCGGUGUUUUCCCUCCCCUCCCCCCCGCCUAGAUAUGAGUUGGAGGGAAGAUCUGAUCAUGUGAAUUUGAUCACAGAGGUUUGUGUGGGUAAUCAAACUGGCUGAUAUGCUGAACAAUUUCUUCUACAUUUGAAGUUUUGAAUGAUAUUGCAUUGUUGAUGUGUGUUACUUGAUGUUUGUCUUAAAACAAAACAAUUUCUUGUUACCAUCUGCUGAUUCAGCUCAAUUUCAUUCGAUUUGUUGACCGAGAAAUCGUUGAUUGCAUGCCAAUAGAAGCCGUCGUCGGUGAAAGCUGUUGACAUUUUGCUAUAAGUUGUUG